AUGGGUUUUGUGGAUUUUGCGAUUGACCUGGCGGCAGUGCUCAGCGCCUCCCGGUCUGUCGCAUCCAAGCAUGUUGCUCUUCGCGGCCGGCAGCUCGAUGUCUAUAGCAGGACGUCGAGUGUUGGGGCGAUACUGAGGAGUCGGGAUGCUGCCGCCGCCGCUGCUGCUACGGAUUCAGUGACGACAGAAGCGACGGAGAAGAGAAAGGAGCCAGAUAGUGGCAAUGAGGCUACAAACAACGAGUUUGUGAAUGCCACAGAGGCUACUGGCAAGAAGAGUUCACAGUCUGCGGCACCAUCUACAACGGCUCCUGAAAGGCCAAAGCCUACGGACUUCAAGCCCCGCGAGCAGCCUAUUUUCAAGACUUCAGGUCCAGAUAGCGACUUCGUUCGACAAAGGCUGCAGCAGGCGUCUGCCCCUCCACCAACUAAAGAUGAGCUCAAUGCGGAAUUGGGUGCACCUGAAGGCGUUGACGUCAACAUCUUUCAUACUACACGAGGCUCUCAGAUCUUGGAUUCCUUACGCAAGCAGAGAAAACAAGCAGAGAGUCAGACAACGGCCUCUUCUGGUGGCGCCGCGAAGGAGCAUCCCCUGCGACAUUGGCCGCCACCACAUUCUCCUCCCGUUGAGUCUAUUGAUGCUUCAGCUUCUACGCCUCCAGCCGCUCCUGAAGCCAAGAAUAGCAACAUUGAAGAUAUUGAGCGCAAGUCUCAGCAGCCGGAUGUACAGCAACCAGAAUCUUUAGAUCCUGCAGUGUCGGGGCCAAAUAGUGCGCCACCUGAACCACAGCCCGCGACGGAGCCCGUUUCUAUCGAAAAGGAGCGUUCAGACGCUAGCAAGGUAGAUCAGGAAAUGGUUGAAACCGUGAAAGCAUCAGUUCUUCCUGAAACACCACAAACAAACGUGCACACUUAUCAACUACGGGAAUCAAAAGUACCGGCCACCCGAUUUAGUCGAAUACUAAACUAUGGCGGCCUAGCAGCCGGAAUGCUGGGCGGAGCCGUGACAGAGAGCAUGAACAGGGCCUUUGGAGGUGGUGGUGAAGGAUCCGUGCUACUCAGCGGCGGCAACAUGGAGAGAUUGGUCGCAAAGCUAUCUCGCAUGAGGGGUGCUGCGUUGAAGCUAGGCCAAAUGAUGAGCUUCCAGGAUUCGAAAAUGCUACCGGCCCCUCUUCAGGAAGUGCUCCAACGGGUUCAGGACCGAGCUGACUACAUGCCGGCAUGGCAGCGGGACCGGGUUCUGGCUAGCAAUCUCGGGUCUGAGUGGCGGGACCUAUUCAGUGAAUUUGAAGAGAAGCCAAUUGCCGCCGCGUCAAUAGGCCAGGUACACAAAGCCGUUCUCAAAUCGAACGGGAAGCGAGUGGCGGUCAAGAUUCAGUUUCCUGGCGUGGCAGAUUCUAUCAAUUCUGAUCUAGACAAUCUUGGCAUCUUGCUCACGGCCACGAAACUACUUCCCAAGGGCCUCUAUUUAAAUAAGACAAUUGACAAUGCUAGGUUGGAGCUGGGGUGGGAAUGCGACUAUUUACGCGAGGCGGAAUGCGCCAACCGUUACAAGCAGCUCCUUCGAGGCGAAGAAGACGUUUUCGAAGCCCCGGACGUGUACCCAGAAGCUUCUGGCAAGCAAGUCUUGACCAUGGACUUUCUCGACGGCAUUGGCGUGACAAGGGUAAACUCGUUUACUCAAGAGCAGCGUGAUUGGAUCGGUACGCAGAUUCUUCGACUCUGCUUACGGGAGAUUACAGAGUUCAAGUUUAUGCAGACGGACCCCAACUGGACCAACUUCCUCUACAACGCCGCAACGAACAAGCUUGAGCUCCUCGACUUUGGCGCUUCUCGGGAGUUUCCGGAAGAAUUCAUCUCGCAGUACGUGCGACUGCUUGAGUCUGCCUCACGGUCUGAUCGAGAGGGUGUGAAGAGGUUUUCGGAAGGUUUGGGCUACCUGACAGGCCACGAGAGCAGGACGAUGCUGGACGCUCACAUCCAAUCGGUGCUUACGCUGGCGGAGCCGUUCCUGGACUCAGCCCCCGAGGUUUACGACUUCAAGGACCAGACCAUCACAGAGCGAGUGAAGGCACUCAUCCCAGUCAUGCUUCACGAACGAUUAGCUCCACCGCCUGAGGAGACGUAUAGUCUGCACCGGAAACUGAGUGGUGCUUUCUUGCUGUGCGCGAGACUGGAGAGCAAGGUGAGGUGCCGCGACUUGUUUGCGAACAGUGUGGCUAGGUCGGGCUAUGUUGAGAGGACUUGA